AUGGACAACAAAACCUUCUCCUCUCGUCUGCGAGAGCUGGUUAAGUUCCUCGGCUCUGUCAAAGGCGACCUCGCCAACGUAACCGGGCCACCCUCCCUCCUCGCGCCCUCCUCCGUCGUCGAAGUCGGCCACUGCUGGGCCCAGCGCCCCGCCGUCUUCGCCGCCCCCGCCCUCGAACCCAACCCCGAGAAGCGCGCCCUGCUCGUCCUACGCUGGUUCCUCAUCGCCCUACGCAGUCAGCUCUACGUUGGCGUCGACGACACCCCGGCGGGAGGCAACCCGGCCCCAACCCCCCCCACCACCAACAACACCACCAAACCAACCACACCCCCUCCCCCAAAAUCCAUCCGCAAACCUCUCAACGCCUUCCUCGGCGAGCUCUUCCUCGCCCGCUGGACCGACGCCCCCUCCCACGCCACCACGGAACUCAUCGCCGAGCAAGUGUCGCACCACCCGCCCAUCACGGCCAUGCACGUUGUCGACCGCGCCCACGGCGUGCGCGCCGACGGCUACGCCCGCGUCGAGAUGACCUUCAACGGCGCCGUCAACAUCCGCCAGGUCGGGCACGCGACCCUGAGCGUGGAGCGGUGUGGGGAGGACUAUCUCGUGCCGUUGCCGGAUGUGAAGGUUAGGGGGUUUUUGGCGGGGUGUUUGUAUCCGGAGAUUGCGGGGACGUAUCAUAUUGUGGGGAGUAAUGGGUUGGUGUCGGAGGUGAGGUUUUGGGGGGAGGGGUUGUUGAGGGGGAAGAGGAACUCGUUUGAGGCGCGCGUGUUUCGGAGGGAGGAUGUGCAGCGGAAGAAGCCGCUGUAUGAGGUGGCGGGGGCGUGGAAUGAGGGGUGGACGGUGAAGGAUUGCAGGACGGGGGAGGUGCUGGAGGUUUACGAGGUUGGGGCGCCCGAGAAUGAUCCCGUGCCGAUGGAUAUUGAGCCGGUCGAGGCGCAGGAUCCGUUCGAGUCGCGCCGCGCUUGGGAUGGGGUGCUGCAGGGCUUGAGGAGUGGGGAUGUGCGGCAGGUGGUGGCCGAGAAGACCAAGAUCGAGCAGGCCCAGCGGCAGAUGCGGGCAAGCGAGCUGGCUAAGGGGACGCCGUGGCAGCCGCUGUUCUUCCGGUCACGUCAGGGCGAGGACCAUCAUGUGUUCCACCGCUUGUCCGAGGGCUUGGGCUGGCAGCUGCACCACGACCGGACCAAGGGGGUGUGGAGGGUGGAUGACGAGAAGGUGAAGAAGCCGCAGCGGCCGUUUAGGGGUGACCUCACGCCUUUCGGAUACUGA